CUCACGGAGAAGAGCAAAUGGGUGGUUUAACAUGGCCGCAGUGCUCAGGGGUGCCGAAGUUCAACUAAUACUUAGAUCUUGAGUGUAAAUACAGUAAGCGGCUAGAUAUAUAGUUAAUAGGAGGCUGUUACCAUUUAAAGGAGCUCUGAUAGCUCCUCCAGUAUUUUCCCUAUGAGUCGAGUCUGGAUUUACCUGUUCCCUGCGCUAUGUGCGCUUGUCUUGCCAGGUGUACAUCAGGUGGAGGGAAUUGAGGUGCUUACGUCCUCAGAGUUGGAGGCAGUUAAUGGGACAGAUGUACGGCUCAAAUGUACAUUUAAAUCUACCCAUCCGCUGUCUGAAGAAAGUGUCUCUGUAUCCUGGAGCUUCCGACCACUCGGAAAGAUGUCUGAAGAAUCGAUUUUUCUUUACCACGGACAUGCAUAUCCCCCACAAGAUGGCAAAUUUAAGGAUCAUGCUGUAUGGUCUGGUAAUGUAAUGAAGGGUGACGCAUCCAUCACGCUGCAGAAUGUGCAGUCCAGCUUUAAUGGUACCUACAGCUGCCAAGUCCGAAAUACGCCCGACUUCCAGGGCUUUGCAGGCGAGAUCAGCCUCAGAGUUGUUCAAAAAGGUAAGAGCAGAUGCUGUGACACCUGUUUGAAAAAUCAUUUACUUACCCUUCUAAACCCGUAUGGCAGUGGAGGUGAAGGUUGAAUGAGCAGGAUAUUGUGUUCUUUCUUUGAUCCCAGCAGCUGAAGGACAGAAGUAUCUAAUAAACUGGGCUAGAAUAGCAGACAGUCUU